AUGGGAGCACGAAAGAGACUCAUCACUACCCCUGAACCCUCUUCCGAUCCCAAAGAAAACACACAACACAAACCUCGACAACAAAUCGAUCCUCCAAUUUCACCACCCAAAUGGGGUUUCCUUUUCAAACUCUCUCUCUUUUCCAUCCCUUACUUGUACCUCAUUUUCUUCCAUUUCACUAUCGAUUCCGACCUUCGGACAUCCAUCAUCAUCAAUGCUGGACUCAGUCUCGCAGCUUUCUUCCUUACAGUAAGAAUGAUCCCUGUUGCAUCUAGAUAUGUUCUCAAACGGAAUCUCUUUGGAUAUGAUAUUAACAAGAAGGGUACUCCUCAGGGAAACAUUAAAGUACCUGAAUCAUUGGGUAUAGUUGUUGGUAUUGUCUUCUUGGUUGUGACAAUCUUAUUUCAGUAUUUCAACUUCACAGCAGAUUCAAAUUGGCUUGUUGAGUACAAUGCUGCUUUAGCAUGCAUCUGUUUCAUGACAUUGCUUGGAUUUGUCGAUGAUGUCCUUGAUGUCCCUUGGAGAGUAAAAUUACUACUACCAUCAAUUGCUGCACUUCCUUUGUUAAUGGCAUAUGCUGGACACACAACUAUAGUUAUACCAAAACCACUUGUACCACACAUUGGCAUAGAGAUUUUGGAUCUUGGAUGGAUAUAUAAACUAUACAUGGGGCUAUUGGCCGUUUUCUGCACAAAUUCGAUCAACAUACAUGCUGGAUUAAAUGGCCUUGAAGUUGGACAGACGGUGGUUAUCACAUAUGCUAUUCUGAUUCACAAUAUUAUGCAAAUUGGAGCGUCAAAAGAUCCUGAAUAUAAGCUAGCACAUGCAUUCUCCAUUUACUUAGUGCAGCCAUUGCUAGCUACCUCUUUAGCUAUACUCUCUUACAAUUGGUAUCCUUCUUCAGUUUUUGUUGGUGAUACGUAUACAUACUUUGCUGGGAUGACUAUGGCCGUGGUUGGUAUUUUAGGCCAUUUUAGCGAAACACUCUUGAUUUUCUUCCUGCCUCAAGUUUUGAACUUUCUCUUGUCACUACCACAGCUUUCUGGCUACAUUCCAUGUCCACGUCAUCGUCUUCCGAGGUUUGACCCUCACACUGGACUACUGACUGGAACAAAUGAUGGAACACUUGUUAACUUCUUUUUAAGAAGUUUAGGGCCGAAAUCCGAGAAGUCCCUUUGUGUAUAUCUUCUGAUUUUCCAGGGUAUUGCAUGCGGUUUCUGUUUCCUGCUGAGGUAUUUCCUUGCUGGUUGGUACAAAUGA